CCGCAUGUUCGCCGCGAUCAUGAAGUCCGAGGCGCGCCAGAUGCUGGAGGCGGGCGUGGCGCGAGAAGCUGCCCUCACAGCCGUCAGGGAUCUAGAGAAAAAGGGGGGCGUCCGAGAUCGAGAUGGCGACGGCCAGAGCUGCGUAUCGGACUGCGCGCGGCAACGUGGAUAAGAUCUGGUUGAAGUCCCUGCCCAAGGGGACUGCGGUCGAGAAGAUCCUGACCUUUGCGGCGAAAUGGCCCAAACUGACCUCCUUCUUGGGAGCGUCCAUUGCCACGGUUAUUAUCGAGGUUUCUCUUGAACUCCUGUUGCCGCUGGUCAACAAGGACUACUUUGUGCAGGUUCAUGUGCUGAAUUUCGACAAGAAGGAUUGGAAGAUCGACGAUUGGUCGCAUGAUAAUGGGAUCAUUGCUGGCGGAGACACAUGGAGCGUUAAAACCAUGCAAGCUGGCAGAUCCGAGGUACAGACCCCAUGGGGCACGAAAGUCGGCAAGUGGAAGAACAUCAACAAUAUAAUAUAUUGCUUCCAGAACAGCUUUACACUUAUGGAUGGUAUCGGAGUUGCUCUUCGAGCCGUGCAGACCGACGGGAAAGCAGGGUUUGCAAUGGCCUAUUUAUGCAAGUUUUGGACGGCCAAUCGCCUGACAGUAAAGCCGGGAUAUCAGCCAUCCAUCAAAGACUUCUAUGACGAUGACAACAACUGGCCUUCUGACCGUGAGCUCCAGUAUGCGUGCGAGGUGACUAGGGAGGAUGGUGAAAAAGUCAAGAUUGUCGGGAGUACGAAUGCGUUGUCGAAGGUGGAGAACAACAUCUACCAAUUCUACGUGACAAUUGGGGCUUGAAAGCCAUUCUUAUUAAUAUAAACAUGCCACCACUCAGGAUCGCAG